GGGUAGCACGACGAGGUCGUGAGCCCGUUCUCGUGGAUGAACUCCUGGGCCGCGCCAGCGUCACCGCCCUCGCACCCGUUGCACGGGCCGCACGACGUCAGCUGCUGCUCCGACAGCUCGUCCUGGAACUUGCCGCCCGACGCAAUGCAGAACCGGUCCGACGCCAUCUGCGUCGCGCCGAACGCCCAGCACGAGCCGCACGAGCCCUGGUUCUUGAUGCUCCCGAUCUGGGUGCAGUUGGCCCAGUUGGUCACCGAGUUGAACGAGGCCGGGACCUCCACCUCUGCCUCGUCGCCGCCUGCACCUGUCGUGCCUGCCCAGCUGACCUUCAGCGCCAACGUGACGACGACCUUCCCGUCGGGCGAGUCGUUCUGGCUGGAGAUGGCCGGCAUGUGGUCGGAGGAGCUGCAGGCGGCGCGGUGGGAUACGGUCAAGUCGGGCUCGAUUCCGGGCUACCCGGUCUCGGUGGCUGUGGGCGAGUCAGAGGUGCAGUACUGGCCCGAGCAGAGCAAGUGCCUUGUCGGCUGCCUCGCUGGCGUCAACUGCACCGGCGCACUGUGUGUGCCCGAAACGCUGGCCUACGGCACAUGGAUGAUUCCGCUUGAGCCAUGGCUUUUGCUCGGCGACGCCGCGUACUCGGGCACCUGCGCCCUGGUCAACGACAAGCCGACCGGCGACAAGUUUGUGGUCAAGGGCGCGUACGACUCGACCUUCACCUACUGUUUUGUCGGCUCAACCAUGCACGCCAUCAAGAUCGCAGGCAACGCCGGCGGCUCGAUAGUCAUCAAGUUCUCCAACGUCCAGGCCAAGCCGACGCCGGCCUCGGCCUUUGCCAUCCCCUCGUACUGCACCUGCCCCAGCACCGCCGCAUAA